GCAAGGGAGGAAGUGAGCCGACUGGCAGGCGAGCUGGCACACGCACACUCACAUACACACACAGGCACACCAGUACCCGCACACACGCACACAUAUACAGAGGGCUGCAGUCCGAGGGGAGGCAGGAGCCGGCGGCCGCCGAACAACCCCAGUGGGAGCAGGAGGAGGAGGAAGAAGAAGAAAGAGGGGAGGAGGAGGGAAGAGUAUCUGUUACUAUGGCAAUGACUGCGGGGACUACAACAACUUUUCCCAUGAGCAACCACACCCGGGAAAGAGUGACUGUAGCUAAACUCACAUUGGAGAAUUUCUACAGCAACCUAAUUUUACAGCAUGAAGAAAGAGAAACCAGGCAAAAGAAGUUAGAGGUAGCUAUGGAAGAAGAAGGAUUGGCAGAUGAAGAGAAAAAAUUACGCCGAUCACAGCAUGCUCGCAAAGAAACUGAAUUUCUACGACUCAAGAGGACAAGGCUUGGUCUGGAUGACUUUGAAUCCCUGAAAGUUAUAGGGAGAGGAGCCUUUGGAGAGGUACGCCUUGUUCAGAAGAAAGAUACAGGCCAUAUCUAUGCAAUGAAGAUAUUGAGAAAGGCUGAUAUGCUUGAAAAGGAACAGGUGGCCCAUAUCCGAGCAGAGAGAGAUAUAUUGGUAGAAGCAGAUGGUGCCUGGGUUGUGAAGAUGUUUUAUAGUUUUCAAGAUAAAAGAAAUCUUUAUCUAAUCAUGGAAUUUCUCCCUGGAGGAGACAUGAUGACAUUACUAAUGAAGAAAGAUACCUUGACAGAAGAAGAAACCCAGUUCUAUAUUUCAGAGACUGUUCUGGCUAUCGAUGCAAUUCACCAGUUGGGGUUCAUUCACCGAGAUAUCAAACCAGACAACCUCUUAUUGGAUGCCAAGGGUCAUGUAAAGUUGUCUGAUUUUGGUCUAUGCACAGGACUAAAGAAAGCUCAUAGGACUGAAUUCUAUAGGAACCUCACACAUAACCCACCAAGUGAUUUCUCAUUUCAGAAUAUGAACUCAAAAAGAAAAGCAGAAACCUGGAAAAAAAAUAGGCGGCAAUUGGCUUCUCCACGUGGAAAGGCAUCCUUGGCCUUUGCGAUUUUACUUAUGUUUCUUCAAGACUCAGCUGAGGGAUAUCCACCAUUCUGUUCUGAAACACCACAAGAAACUUAUAGGAAAGUUAUGAACUGGAAAGAAACUCUAGUAUUUCCUCCAGAAGUACCUAUAUCUGAGAAAGCCAAGGAUCUAAUUCUCAGAUUUUGUAUUGAUUCAGAAAACAGAAUUGGAAACAGUGGAAUAGAGGAAAUCAAAGAUCAUCCGUUUUUUGAAGGAGUAGAUUGGGGACACAUCAGGGAGAGGCCAGCUGCAAUUCCCAUCGAAAUCAAAAGCAUUGAUGAUACAUCAAAUUUUGAUGAAUUUCCUGAAUCUGAUAUCUUACAACCAGUGCCAAAUACCACAGAACCGGACUACAAAUCCAAAGACUGGGUUUUUCUCAAUUAUACCUAUAAGAGAUUUGAAGGGCUGACUCAGCGUGGUUCUAUCCCUUCCUACAUGAAAGCUGGGAAAUUAUGAAUGAAACUCACAUACGCCCACACCCCAAAAGAACUCAGGUAGCUGCAUCACCAAGGCUUGCUUGGCGUAGAUAACAAUACACUGAAAUAAAUAUUCCCAAGGACGGUGGUGCUCAUCGACUUCAAGAGGAAAUUCUACAGGACUAGGAUUUCUAAGACUUCUACAGGAAUUAGUUGGCAGUGCCAGCUGGAUUUUUUUUAAUAUUUGACUAUUUUUGUUAACUUUAUUAUACAAAGGUACUGGAAUAAAAGGAGUGUACAUCCCUUUGUAACUGCA